ACUAGUAAAUAUUCGGACUUAUUAUUAUAAUUAUUAUUAUUAUAAAAUCAUUUCCUUCUUAGUUUUGGUAUUGGAAAUUAAAAGAGAUAUUAAUCUGGUUGAAAUUUUCGGACCAUAAACCUUCAAAAGGAUCUGAAUCUAAGCGUCUAAGUGAAUCAACUCCAAACUCCACCAUCGGAAAAUCAGGAACCCCGUAAUCUGAAUGGAAAAGGGCAAGGGUUUGAUGGUGGACAGCCGGCGAUGGGCCGUCGAUUUCUCCGACAAUUCUUCGUCGAAUUCAACUCGCGAUAUUCCUGAUCCACCCGGUUUCACUCGUGCUUCUCAAGAUCAAGACGAUUCCACUCUCAGUCGCCAGAAGAAGGAUGCCGAAUCCAAUUGGAAGGCUCAGAAAGCUUGGGAAGUGGCCCAGGCGCCGUUGAAGAAUUUGUUCAUGAUGGGAUUCAUGAUGUGGAUGGCUGGAAGCACUGUUCAUUUAUUUAGCAUUGGCAUCACAUUUUCAGCUCUUUGGCAACCCAUAAGCGCCCUGCAAGGCGUUGGAAAGGUUUUUGAGCCUUACAAGGACAGUAAAGUAGAUCUUCUUGGACCUAAGUUGCUCUUUAUUGCUCUCAACCUCGGAGGUUUAGCAUUAGGUGUUUGGAAGCUUAACACUUUGGGGCUUCUGCCAACACAUAUAUCAGACUGGGUUUCGUCACUACCACCUGCUCAGGAGGUCGAAUUUUCUGGUGGUGGGAUUUCUCUUCGCUAAGAUGCACAACAUCAUUUCAUCUGCUAACGACAGUGAAACCAACAGAGAAUCAUAGAGCCACUUGUUGAGGAUCGAACUUCAUGGAUGGAUUGCUCGUGUUGUGCAUGAACGUGAUUAUAAGUCUUUAUAUUAUGCCUGCAUGGAUUGUGCUUGAUCAAGAACAGUGUUAGAGAUGUGCUGAGGGCACAGCUAUUGUUUAUGAUACUCAGUUUUCUUUAAAAGAUUAGAUCCUGCUAGUAAAAAAUAUUACUGACUGGUAAAACCAUCCCAUAGUUUGCUAAUUCCUUGCUCUGUAUGCCCAAGAACAAAAUGCUUUACAUGGAAUAUGGUUUAACAUUUUUUUUAA